AUGCAGACGGGGCGUGCGAUUAUGCUGAGAGGUCUCCCAAGUUUGCUGGUGCCAUACGGAACUCGGAUUCCAAUGAACAAGCGAGCAGCCUGUCUCGGCGCCAUCGAAGAGCAGUUGAAGCGUUUCCUCAAGGCUGGAUAUGUCUACAAAGAGAGCGAUUUGCGCUGGCGCCAUAUCUUGUUCCUUGGUGAUGGGAAUGACGAGAAAGUCUUUCUUGCAGACCUAGGCUCCCUUCAAACGGUACCCCCUAGCGACCGUUCUGACAAUUCAAAAGUUGAAGAACAGAUGAAUUAUUUGAAAACCCAUAUGGUUAUGGAGGUUGACGGUGGCGAGGACGACGGUGGCGACGCCAAAACAGAAAGUGGGAAGAAGCGACCCCAGCAGCCUACAGGCGGUUCACCGGCGUCCAAGAAGGCGAAGGUCUAG